CUGAGAGGUGUUCAAAGGUAGUGGACACCUGCGUCCACAACACGGUAGUCAUGUCUAGGUGGCUGAACGAUGGUGAAGUCCUGGUGGGUCAAGGUAGUGGUGAAGCAAUACCAGCAAGCCCCAGACUGCGAGGCCUGCCACCUGGGAGCCCCAGGCCGGGCUGGGGUCGUAGCCCUCUAACUUCACCUACCAUCAGAGAAGCAGCGCCAGGAAGCCCUAAGGCAGAAACCAUGGGCAAGGCCAAGGAGCUGUUUGUGCUGUGUGACAAAGAGGGGAAAGGGUUCAUCACGAAGCGGGACAUGCAGAGGCUACAAGGGGAGUUGCCGCUGUCGCCCGAACAGCUGGAGACGGUGUUUGAGAGUCUUGACCGAGAUAGCAAUGGAUUCCUUACUCCUAUAGAGUUCAACACAGGACUUGGUGAGUUGGUGGGACUGGAGAACACGACUGAGCAGAUUCAAGACGAAGCAGAAGAGGAUAUAGACCAGGUGGACUGGUCCCAGGAUCCUGCUGCAGUUCGAUUUGUCAACAUACUGAUGGAGCUAGGUGCUGACAAGCUCUUCAGCAAUCAGCAGGAGCUCUGCUCUCUGUGGUGUGAGCUGCAGAGACACAGACCAGAGCUGCUGAACGUCCUGGAAGGCGUCCUGGUCCACACAGUGUCCAAUUUACAGGACUCCAUCAGAGAGAGAGACAAUCUGGAACAAGCUCUACGCAGGCGAGAGAGUGAACAUGAUCAGGUUGUUCGAUCCAUAUAUGAAGAAAUGGAAAACCAAAUCAGAGAGGAAAAAGAUAAACAUCUGGCUCAGGACAGUCUGAAGCAGAAGCAAAGAGGGCAACAACUUGAGGAGGAGCUGAAGAUACGGGAGCAAGAGUUGGAUAAUACAUUGACCAAACAGAAAGAGCUGGAGUCCAGAAUCUGGCAGCUGAGCUGUGAGCAGGCAAAAAUCAAGGAGCAGAACCAGCAGCUGCGCAGCUUCAACAUGCAGCUGCAGGAGCAGGCGGAGAGCAGCAGAGAGCAGCUGCAGGCCGCUCUGGGUGAGCUCAGCCUGCUGCAGCUCAAUGCUUCCCAAGAACAAGCAGAUCGACAGAGAAAUGUGAUGAAGGUGUCCAAGAACAUCCAGAAAGAAAAAGAUAGUCUCUUCAGACAGCUGGAGCUGUUGAGGGAUAUGAACAAAAAGCUGCGAGAUGAGAAAGAUGUUCAACAGUCUCAGAAGAGGAAACCAAAAAUCACAAAGACUUUGCAGAAGAGAGGGUCAGUCAUAGGUAACUACUUACAACAAGACAAGCCACUGAAAAGACAGCUGAGCUCAUCCGAUGAGUUGGAGCAAGACAAAGAGAAAAAAGAUGAUUCAAAUUCAUCCAAGAGACACCAGCCGUCAUGUAGAGUCAGGUGUGAAAAUGUUGAACAGACUCAAACCCAGAGCAAAACUGUCAGUCUGCAGCGAGUGUUCAAGGUGGUUUUCCUGGGUAAUUCAGGGGUGGGUAAGAGCUCCUUCAUCCAUCAUUACUGCACAGGACAUUUCUCCAGUACAACGAGCACAACAGUCGGUAUAGAUUUCCAGAUGAGGACUAUAACUCUGGACUCCACCACCAUCACCCUGCAGCUCUGGGACACUGCAGGACAGGAGAGGUUUCGUAGCAUCACUGAGCAGUACUACCGUAAGGCUGACGGUAUACUUGUCAUGUAUGACAUAACUCAAGCCUCCUCCUUCACUGCUGUGAGAGGAUGGAUGGACACUGUGAAGGAGAAGAUGUGUGAAGAUGCUGUAUUGAUGCUGCUGGGGAACAAGCUGGACCUGGCAGACGGUCACAGAAGAAAAGUGACAACAAAAGAGGGACAGAAGCUAGCAGAGCAGCACCAGGCUUUGUUUUAUGAAUGCAGUGGCAAGACUGGCUAUAAUAUGGAGGAGCUGAUGACUCAGCUGGCGCAGGGGUUAGUCUCCCAGCAUGAGCGGCAAUAUGAAGAUGCACUAUUACUGACUAAGGAACCUGCUAAAAGACGCUGCUGUACAUGAACAGGAAAGGACUUGGCUUUCUACUUAAAACUUUCAUUUAGAGGAUUUACAGUUUC